CUGUACCCAGUGCUUGUAUAAAUAAAUAAAAGAAAAGAAAAAAGAAAAGAAAAGAAUGACCUUAAAAAAAAUUAAAAAAAAAAAAAGAAAGAAAGAAAGCUGUCUCAGAUGACUAAGAUAAAGCAACUCACUGCUGACACUGUAACUCAUGUCCUAAGCCAAGCCCAGAUUUUGGUCAAAGUCUCCUUAGCAAAAUAAAGUGAAGGUUACAGUUUUACAAAGAGCACAUUCAAACUGUGUUAAUGAGACAAGUAUACUUUCCUCAUGCAAGUCUAGAAAAAUCAAAUAUCUCUUUUGCUGAGGUGCUUUUCUGAGGGACAUCUUGAGGAAGAGACCAGCAAAGGAAGAACUCCACCACCUCCCUCACAUAAGAGCUCCUAGGUCAUCUGCCCUAAGAGGACUGGGAUGGAGCAGGAAAAGGUCGCCUUAAAGUGCCAUAGAGUCCCUGGGAUCCCUUGUCAACAUCUCUGCACAAAGGUGCUGAUUAGGAUGAAUGUGAUUUGGAGAAAUUCUGUUUCCUGUCUAAGGAUAAAAAAGGUGCCACAUAGAUACCAAAGUGGUUCUCACCCACUGGUUCCUCUGGGAUCAAGAAUUUUAACUGACCCAGCCAAAGUUUUUGAACACAACAUGUGGGAUCAUAUGAAGUGGUCAAAAGAAGAUGAAGCAGCUGCCAGAAAAAAAGUAAUGGAAAACUCAGCUGUAAGAGUCCUUUUGGAAGAACAAGUUAAAUAUGAAAGUGAAGCCAGUAAAUACUGGGACACAUUUUACAAGAUUCAUAAGAAUAAAUUUUUCAAAGAUCGUAAUUGGUUAUUGAGGGAAUUUCCUGAAAUUCUUCCAACUGAUCAAAAAACUAAAGAGAAGGCAAGAGAAUUAUCAUGGGAUUAUGUUGAAACCAAUGCUACAGAUUGUUUCUCAAGAAUGCUCUGCCAUACUAUGUCUGGAAAGAAAAGUUCUGGUUCAUCAGGUAGUCAAAGCAAACCAGAAUCAGACUUUCUCAACCUGGACUCUAAAGAACACAGAAAAGUACCUCUGAAGAUGGAAUUUCCUGGCAGCAAGGCCACUUUCAGAAUCCUAGAGGUUGGCUGUGGUGCUGGAAAUAGUGUUUUUCCAAUUCUGAACACUUUGCAAGAUACUCCAGAGUCCUUUCUUUAUUGUUGUGAUUUUGCUUCUAGAGCUGUGGAACUAGUCAAGUCACACUCAUCCUACCGAGCAGCCCAGUGCUGUGCCUUCAUUCACGACAUUUGUGAUGAUGGCUCACCCUACCCUUUUCCAGAUGGGAUCCUGGAUGUCAUUCUCCUUGUCUUUGUGCUCUCUUCUAUUCAUCCUGACAGGAUGCAAGGUGUUGUAAACCGACUGUCCAAGUUACUGAAACCUGGAGGAAUGCUAUUAUUUCGGGACUAUGGAAGAUAUGACAAGACUCAGCUUCGUUUUAAAAGAGGGCAUUGUUUAUCAGAAAAUUUUUAUGUUCGAGGAGAUGGUACCAGAGCAUAUUUCUUUACAAAAGGGGAAGUCCACAAUAUAUUCUGUAUGGCUGGGUUAGACGAGAAGCAAAAUCUGGUUGAUCGUCGCUUACAAGUUAAUAGGAAAAAGCAAGUGAAAAUACACCGAGUGUGGGUUCAAGGCAAAUUCCAGAAACCACUACACUUGCUUACAAGUUAAUAGGAAAAAAGAAGUGAAAAUGGACCGAGUGUGGGCUCAAGACAAAUUCCACACAACAUUACACUUGACUCAAAAAAGCUCCAGAUUGGUGUUUUCACUUCUUUCUCAGACUGAAUUGUGGAACAUGUUAAGGUGCAAACCAGAGGACGACAUUAUUCAAAGAUUUCUGAUUUCUGUAAAUACUUCAUUUCUGAAAAGACAAUCCGAAAGGAAGGAGAGCAGUUGUAAAUCCUGCUGUUUAUCAUAGGUGAGCUAUUUGGUGCUUUGUAACCACAUGUAAAUGAUUUGAAAGUGUUACCAAAUUCUGGAUUUUCAAAUCUUAAUAUGCCCAAGCUUUUUUGGGUUUAUUAUGUCACACCAUGUUGUAUUCUUUGAAUUUUAUAAAUAUCCAAUUCAAUCACCAAUAUAAGUCAGAUGAUUCUGAGAAACCAUAAUCUGCCAUUUUGUAGAGGGAGAAAAAAAUUGUCUACUUAUAUAUGCAUUAGUCAGACACAACUGAAAUCUUGUCUAUUGUUAGGUGAUAACAGAAAGGCAGCUUACCUGGUUUUCAGGGCAAGUCACAAGAUCAAGAGGAAUGUGUAUUGCUUUUGGUUUUGUUUGUUUUCCCCCAAAGUUUUGUGUGUGUUGUUUUAUUUUUUUUUUUUUAAUUCAGAGACUCAUGUCUGAAAUAGAAUUUAGUUUCUCUUUCCUUUCUUAAAAUUGGGGAAGUAUGACUCAUGCUAACAUUAAAUUCAGACUUAUUAGAUAUACAAGUUGUUGUAAGUUCUCUUCAAGACAACUGUUAUACCCAAGGAAAAUAAUUCAAAUUAUGGCAAUUAAAAAGUCAGUUAUGACCUUUCCUCAAAAGGAUAUAUAAGUUGGCUUCCAUGUUGUACACUGUAAGAAUGGAGUUUCUAAGAAAGAUUUUUCAUCUGUUAUAUAAUGUUUACUGAGUACUUACAUUGUGCUGAAUUUAUGAAGUAAUACAGAGACCCAGCCCUGUCUUCAGAGAGCAUGAAUAAGAUUUAACAGUCAAAGCAAAAACACACAUCCAAACCUCUAAAUCAUGAUCCUAAGAUGUUAGUGUGUGAGCAAGCACUUACAGUUUAUCAAUUAGGGACUUUGAUUAUGAGCUAUAGCAAUCUGGAAGAAAUGGACAAUUUCUUGAAGGGACCACCUGAAUAAUUCAUUUCCUAUUGUUUUCCCUGUUUAAAUUCUCUAAAAAUUCCACUUCCUGGAAGAAUGUGAUUGGUCCAAUGUGGGUCAUAGAUUCAUCUCUUGAUAGGCUGGGGCAGGGUAGCUUUAUUGUCAGAAUGUAUAGAAUAAAGUUCCUCAAACAAAAAUUAACAAAAGAGGGAAGGGAUGCUACCCAGUCACAAACAACAUGUCUUAUUGUGGUAGACAGUAGUAAUAGCAGUUCUGAAGAGAGAGAAAUAUCAGCUCUGGAAAGAAUAGAGAAGAAGCAGGGUUCUGGGAGGAAGUAUGUUUAGGCCUUGAAUGUACAUUAUCAGAAUGUGGGGAGAAGACAAGUGUGUUUGGUGUGGUACAGUCUUGAAAAAGAAAAGUAGAAAAAAGAUGGUGUGGGAAUCAGCUCAUAGUUAGCCUUGAAAAAAGGAUUUGAAAAGAUGGAUUCUAAUCUCUAGACUGGAGCCAUCUGAGGUUCGUUUCUUUCCAUUUUAUCCUUGCCAUGGCAUGUUCUAAAUGUAUUUUGAGAGAUUGAUUGAGGAGUCAUCUAUAGAGUGGAAAGCGCUGAGGUUGCUAGUGUACAAACUGAGGGGUGUUCCAGGACCCCAAACCUGUACUCUCAAGAGUACAUUAUGCAUAUGCUACAUAAUGACAAAGCAUAUUCUUAGUGUGAAAGAUCUUUAAUAGCAUGAUUGUGCAUAAGGAAGGAAGAAGAGAAAGGAAGUAGUUUCCCAAUUGGGGAAACUACUGGUGGGGCCUCCCUGGUGGUGCAGGGGCUUAAGCGCAGCACCGUGAAGCUAUCCAAAGCCUCUGCAGCAUGAGUUCAAUCCCCAGACCUCCCUUGUCUCGCUCGCUGCUCCCCUCAGCAGUGUAUUUCAGUCUGCCUGUUCUGUUCCCCACUCUGUCUCUAGUGAAUCCUCUCACCCUCCACACCUCUGACCUGUACCCCAGUUCUUGUAUGCAAAAAUAAAUCUUUAAAAAAAAAAAAAAAAGAAAGAAAGAAACAUCCAGUUGCCCCUCAUGGGUAAAUGCCUAGCCAGACAGGGUUGGCCCAAGGCAAGGCAAUUGAGGCUCAAAAGCUUGCCAUAAGUCUAAGGCACCUUCUGGUGGGGAGCCAGAGGAAAUUGGCAGAAGGGAGCAGGCAAGUCUGGAAUGAAAGUAGCAAAAUCAAAGUACAAAUCAGGAUAAAGGCUGCCAUUGUCAGCUUCCCCAUGUCUCUCCCCCAUGCAUUUCUUCCAUGUCCCUCUAGUCCCUGGUGCAAGGCCAAGACUGAGAAGCAAGCAUAUUCUUCACAUGUCUCUUUGCUCCACACGUUUCCCCUCCUAUGUUUUCUUCUUCCAAGUGUCUCCACAAGUCUUUUUCCAAGUCUUCUCUCCAGUCAUCUCCAGGCUUCAUUAGGUGGUGCAGGCACAUAGAACCUUCCCUUUUUAUGGAGAUUACACUCUGCAGCAAGGUCAGAGAUGGGGGCGAGGAAGACCACAUUAAGUUUUUGUUUUGUUUUUUUUUUAACAAACUUCCUUGAUAUCAACUCCUUAGAAGUACAAUAUCAGGGUUUAGUUAAACAUACAUCAGUCCGUAAAUGCAACAGCUAAAACUUGCCUGAGACUCUCAACUCAGUUAUAUUUCAUAAUUAAAGUGUAAGUUUAAAAGCGACAAUAGUAAUGAAAGUAUUACAUACAAGGGCAGUUAGAUAAGUUAAUGUUGCUAUGGGAACCCCAGCAGAUCUUCUUGUGUCUCAAUUUAAAAAUCAUGGCCCAAGGUGGUUUUAAAAACAACAGAAGGUAAAAUUAUUCUCACAUUCUCACACAUGUAAAUUGUACUGUCUCUCUCAGUCCUAAAUAGCAGAUUCAAACAAACCUCUUAACUGGCGCGGUAAAAAUCAGGCUUUGUGUCUUUCUAUGAUGUAUUACAGCAUAUAGUUAACCUUUAGAAACUUCAAAAAUAUAUCAACCAAAAUUGAACUGCGAGACACAAACUGGGCUCUUUUGGGUACUGUCUAGCAUAGGCCUUCUCUUCCAGUGACUUCUCCGUAGGGCCAUUUCUACCAGUGUCUUCUGCUUCUCUGGUCAGUCUCUCUCAGCCAACUGAAGAAACCCCAUUCUUACAAUUUGCUGCAGACAAAAAUGUAGAUUUUGGCAGAGAGGGGAAAAAAAGAGAAACACUUGAUUGGCAACAUUGCCCAUAGCUAUAUUAAGAAAUCAGGAAGUAUUGCAAAUGUAUCUGCUUGGGUAUUAGUUUAAAAUAUUUGAUAAUUUUCUGAAAUUCUGAUUUUCCCCUCAUAUCCAUACGGACCAGUUAGAUAGGCAGAGUUUGACAUUUAAAAAUUCAUCUUCUGAGUGAACUGAAUUUCAAUAAGACCAUUUUCUUUUUAAAAGAAAAAGUAUAUUUCUUCAUCUUCUUGUAAAACAGAAACAAUGAAAUGUACUAUAUUAAAAAUGUACCCUCCAUUUUUCUCCAUUUCUAAAAAUUCAAUUUUGAGCAUUUGUAAAAAUUCUCAUACACAUGAAGAACCGUUUCAUAAGGUUGUAAGAGAGCCUGGGUAACAGCUUCUAUUAUUAAAAGUUUUGCAUUCAGUGUGACACACUUGUUUUAUUGAAACACCCAGUUAAUGUUGACUUCUGAGAACUUAUUUGCAUUGUUUGUCUCAGUUCCAUAUGCUUUGUCUCUAGAUUAUGAUCACAUCAUCGUUGCUACCAUUAUGCAAUCUAAAUUGUUGUUAUGCUCUGGUUUCUACAAGAAAAUUCACCCAUAUGCAGAGAACCAGACUUCUGGGCUUCAAAACCAUUUAAACUGUUAAACUAAAGGUAACUGAAAUUCUUGCCCCCAAAUUCCGUGCUUUCUCAAUUCCUUUGGUUUUCCAACUCAUCAAAGCCAAGUUCUAGAGCCUGAAUAUGUCAUGCAUUGUUACCUCUAAUUGGUUUUAAUGUUUAUUAUGCUCCUCACAAGUGCAGAUAACUUCACAUUUGCAUCACUAAUAGACUUCUUUCAGAGCAGAGGCUCGUUCUGCUUCCUGCCACUAUUAGUCAUCAGUAGAGGACUACUUGGCUGGGUAUUUUCCACAUUUGUGAAAGUAUGUUGUAAAUUCUAAAGCUCUGAAUAGAUAUGAGGUAUUGUUAUUAAUAACAGCAUUUACAAUCUGCAGGCAGCAUACAGAGUACUCCACAAACAGAAAUGUUUUCAAUGGUUUUAUGAGGCCUUGUGAGAAAGAGUAAGAUGCCCUGAAAUGUGUUGCCUCCGAGUCAGACAGGAAGCAUGGGUCCUAAGUUCCUGUCGAACCUCUUAGCUACUCUUAAUUUAUCUCUGAGCACUAAUUUUUUAUGUACUACACUUUUAUGUGCUGCAUUAUUCCUUCAUUUAUAU